AUGCUCAAGUACAAAAGGAAGCCUCAUAUUAUUUCGCAUCUGGUCAUUAACGGAGAGAGUUGUGUUGACCAGAGCGUCAUCGGCAGCCACAUCGUGGAGUGUUUUUCGACGCUUUUCACCGAGAUCACGCAGGCUCCUUUAGAUAUUAUCAACGUGGAUGCGGUGUUGGAUCACAUUAUCUCUGAUCAGGCUAAUGAGAUGUUGUCAAUCAUUCCCGGAGAAGAGGAGAUAACAACUGCAGUCUUCCAAAUGGAUGCGGUUACCACUUUCUUCAUUAAAUCGUACCUUCCAAGCGGCUGCAAUGCUAAUACUCUGAUUCUCAUUCCGAAGAAGGACACGGUCACGACGGUUGCGGAUUUGCGUCCUAUUGUGCUUUCGAACUUUCUCUUCAAAAUCAUCUCGAAAGUGUUAGCGGCUCGCUUGAGCGUGGUUGCUGCUCAGUUUGUUUCCAAAAAUCAGUUUGGGUUUAUAAGGGACAGAUCGAUACAUGACUGCAUUGUGCUGGGUUCCGAGGGGUUUAACUACUUGAGAAGAUCUUGCGGGGGGCAGAAUAUGGCGUGUAAAGUGGAUAUCACAAAGGCGUUUAAUACGCUUAGAUGGGAUUUCUUGAUUAACGUGUUGAAAGUUUGUGGUUAUCAUCAUCGCUUCAUUAGGUGGAUUGAGUUCUGUAGAGGUGUUCCGUUUCCUACUCAUUUAUUAUAUGCUGACGACAUCCUGAUUUUUUGUAAGGCCACAAAGUCGAACGCUAAGACGUUCCGUAAAUUUUUGGACUUCUAUGGCUCGAUGUCUGGACAAAUUUUUAGCCCGGAAAAGUCGCACACUUAUUUCUCUAAGAAAGUCUCGACCCGAGUUAAGAGGCAGGUUAUUCGUGUGUUGCCGGUGUCUGCGGGAACCCAGCCCUUCUCUUAUCUGGGUGUUCCGAUUUUCUGCGGCACGCCCAGAGCUUCUCACCUUCGUCUGAUUCUGGAUCGUAUUAUAAAUAAAUUUGCUCGCUGGAAGGGGCUUCAGCUUUCUAUGUCGGGGAGACUUUGUUUGCUUAAUUCCGUGAUUAGCAGCUCGCUCACUCAUUCGAUGAUGAUGUAUCUUUGGCCUAGAGCGUUGCUUCGUGAGCUGGAUUCUAGGUGCCGGAAUUUCCUGUGGAGUGGCGACACUCGUAAAAAACCGUCGUGUUCAGUUAACUGGGAUAGAGUUUGCUCGAUCAAAGAGGAAGGCGGUCUUGGGAUUCGCUCUUUUGUUACUUUGAACUGGUGCUUCCUUUUGAAAAUGGCUUGGAAGGUCAUCUAG